CGCGACAUGUGCUUCCGCUUCCGAUUAGCGAUGGAGGUUACAAGCAAUAUUGCAUUUCUGUCUUCCUCGCACAUUUUACAAUGACGAAGCCUAAUAUAGAGGGUCAAACAUGAAUUGUUUUGUUGUUGAAAUUCAUAUUCGACUAUGUCGCGGAGCGGAAGGUAUCUAAAGUCGGAAGUUAAAUUGGGGUUGUAUUAGCAUCACGCAUUAGAUUUAGCUUAAUGUAAACAACACUUCGAGUCAUUUUGACAGUCCAACAGGCUUUGGUUUGAAUAUUUGACUUCUGUUAGUUCUCAUGCGGGUUUGAGGUGUCGUUGUUUGACAUGUCACUGUUUGAGAUGGACAGAGAGGAGUCUGACAGGCUGAUAGAGAAAGCCAAGCUGUGUUUGCGCUCAGGACGCAAAGAGAAAGCCUUGCAGCUGCUGUACGAGGCGCAGAAGAUCCACCCCAGCACACGGGCCAGAGUAUUGAUUGAUGCCAUUGUGAAGAAUGGCAGCACUCCCCCUGAAGAGGAGCACACCUACACUCCUCCACCAGGCUGGAGAAACUCUGAGCACGGCCCGGCUCCACAUCAGCGGCCCAGUACACAAGAGAGAGCAGAGGGGUCCGGUGACGACAAAAAGAGCUUUACGGAGGAGCAGCGGCAAGGAGUGCUCAGGAUAAAGAGAUGCAGAGACUUCUAUGAGAUUCUGGGGGUGCCAAAGGAUGCCAGUGAUGAGGACCUGAAGAAAGCCUAUAGGAAACUGGCGCUACGCUUCCACCCGGAUAAGAACUGUGCCCCUGGAGCGACCGAUGCUUUUAAAGCUAUAGGCAAUGCAUAUGCAGUACUCAGUAACCCAGAGAAAAGGCAGCAGUAUGAUCAGUGUGGGGACCAGGGCCCUGCAGAGACAUCUAGUCAUACUUCAGCACAACCACGUCACGCGUACGGACACCACCGCACCUUCAACAGAGACUUUGAGGCUGACAUCUCUCCAGAGGAGCUCUUUAACAUCUUCUUCGGGGGCAGGUUUCCUACAGGCAACAUCCACGUGUACACCAACCGAGGAGCUUCUUAUGCUCAUUAUUACCAGCCCCGCAGACGCCGAACAUAUGAGAGACGGGAAGAAGAGGUGGAGGAGAGCCACAGUCAGAACAACUUCACAGCUCUCCUGCAGCUGCUGCCGGUGCUGGUGCUCAUUCUGAUAUCUGUAUUCACUCAGCUGAUGGCAACCAACCCUCCCUACAGCCUCUUCUACAAACCGUCCGUGGGGUUGGUGGUGUCCAGAGAAACCCAGCACAUGGGUGUCCCAUACUAUGUGGAUAAGAGUUUUGAGAAGGAAUACCAUGGUGCUGCUCUGGACGAGCUGGAGAAGACUAUUGAGAGCGACUAUAUUGACCACCUACAGAGCAGCUGCUGGAAAGAGAAGCAGCAGAAAUCUGAUCUAGCUAAUCUGGGCCAGCUGUACCGAGACGAGCGGCUGAAGCAGAAGGCAGAGACCAUGAAGCUGGAUCACUGUGAAAAGCUGCACCGCUUCAUGGGCCGACAGAGAGGAGACUGAGGCAGCGUCGCCCUCCAAGACAGCAUGGUCAGCUUAAUCAGAGCGUUUAGAAUUGGUUACAUAUUUCAGUUUACUCGGGUGGGUCACCUUUUUGUGAAGGAGAAAGGAAGAGAUGUGUUAAAGCAGGAACCCAAGCUGAUUUUCUGAAGAGCGUCCAUGAAUGAGCUGAAGUCUGAUGGCCUUUAACUCAUCUGAUUCAGCUGCGAUGCACAACUGUGGGUAACUCGUGCGAGCGCCUGGUAUCUUUUUCCUUACAUUAAGGAGCACCGACUCCAGGCUGGCCGAUAGGAUUAAAGCUAGUGAUUGUUGUUUUAGUCGCAUUUAAGCUUAUUUGUUAAUAGGAAUUUAACUUAUUCAAUAACAUAUUUAAUUUCUGAAUUUGUGCUGUGAAUUAUUCAUCAACAACUUUUAAUAGAAAGCUCCUUUUUUGUUUUUGGAAACAAACGGUUCUCAAAAACAGGGAUAUAAACCACUACAGCUUUUCAAAGCUCUCUAGACAUAGCAAGAAAAAAAAACUUUAUGUACAGUAAAUUAGUUUUUCAGUCCUUUGUUACAGUGGUGUAUGUUUCAGAUAUUAAAAAGGUAUCAGGCAACUGUUUUAGGCUAGGUAAAAAUUCAGUGCACUGACAAAUAAGCUUAAUGCCUAUACCUCUGAAUUAUUAAUUUAUCUUUAGUAUUUGAUUUAUAUUUUGGCACUUUAACUUCUCAUGUAUUGCAUGCAUCCAUCCAUGCAUUCUCCCGCCUUGUUAGUGUCCAAAGGUGUUACUGGCAAGGUUUUAUUUCAAUAAUUAUAACUAGGCAAAUAACCAUUACUGAGCAUCUGUUUUGAACUACAACUAAUGUUUUAACUCUUGUCACUGAACACUAUGUUCUGUAUAUAAUAACAUACUGAUAUUUAGCACAAAUCUGAACCUAAGGGAUGUUUAGAAGUGCUGCAGGAGGCGUCCGAUCGCUCAGGAUUAAAUAGAGAAAGAGUGUCAGAUUUGACGUGGAGAGUUUGUGCCGGUGGUGGUAUUGUAAUCUUGUUUCCACGCAGUAUGCUAAGAGUAACUGCUGGAAGUUUUGUUUGGUUUGAUAUGCGUUUUUUGUGCUACUUAAAUAAAACAAUAAAUCAAACACAGUU